UCUGUUUGUAUGUUUGUGUUUCCAAAACAGAGAGUCCCAACAACCAAAAGCAAUGAUGUAGACUUUAGAACGACAUGAUGAUGAUGACGACACUGACGCAGGGCCUCGCAGGGAGGAGGAGCAGCGACUGAUUCUCUCCUCCUUUACACCACACCUGGCACUCUAUGUCCGUCCUGAUUGGGCGGCCAGAGUACUAUGUCAUCAGCCACACCCCCUGCGGCCCCGCCCUUUAAAAAGGGAAGGAAGCCGGAGAAGUCGGAGGUGAUGGCUGACUCUGUGCAGGCCACCAAUGAGGAGCUGAGGACCAAAGUCAUGGAUGUCCAGAUUGAGCUGCAGCAGGAGCGAGGCAAGAUAUGCAAGCUCCGUGAGAGGCUGCAGGAACAGCGGCAGGCGCGGGAGCUCGAGCAGCACAAACAUGUCGUAGCAGUCACCGACCUGCGCGCCAAACUCCACGAGGAGAAGCUCCGAGAGAUAGCCGCUGUCCGCGAAGGCCUGGCGCGGCAGCAUGAAGUCGAGCUGGCCCGGUCCAUCAAGAUCCGGGAUGCAGAGGUGCAGAGGCUCCAGGGGCUUGUAAACGCACUGAGAGAUGGAGCCGCUGACAAGCUUAAAAAUGCUCUUCUCGGAGAGGCUCGGGAGGAGGCCAGGAGAGCGUUUGAUGGGGAAAGGCUAAAGCUACAGCAAGAGAUCCAGGAGCAAAAGACAGCCAGGAAGCAGGCAGACGAGGCGCUUGCACAUGCUCUGCAGGCGGAUAAAGCCAAAGCAGCAGAUCUGCGCACAGCCUACCAACAGCACCAGGAUGAGGUGCACCGUAUCAAACGGGACUGUGAGAGAGACAUCCGAAGACUGAUGGAUGAGUUGAAGUCGAAGGACCGGGUGGUGGGUGCUCUGGAGAGGGAGCUGGGGCUGCAGGCCGGCUAUGCUCAGAAGCUCCAGCUUCAGAAGGAAGCCCUGGAUGAGCAGCUCGGGCAGGUACGAGAGGCCGAGAGGUACAACCAUGGCAGCCCCAAGAGGGAGGUGGUGCCUGGGCUGGGGGACCAACAGGACCUGCUCAACAACCAGGAGGUAGAGGAGCGUGACAUGAGGAGGUUCCAGCUGAAGAUAGCGGAGCUCCACUCAGUCAUCAGGAAACUUGAGGACAGAAAUGCACUGCUUGCUGAUGAGAGGAAUGAACUAGUGAAGCGGGUGCGAGAGGCAGAGAGCCAAAUGAAGCCAAUAUUUGAGAAGAACAAAAGACUGUCAAAGAAGAAUGACGACCUCCUACAAACGCUUCAACGCAUGGAGGAGAAACUGAAGACCUUGAGUCGAGAGAGCGCUGAGAUGAAGGAAAAAGCCUCCUCCUCUCGCCCCCCCUCACAGCAGCAGCCCAUUCAGCCACAGCUAAAGCGUCCCAGCUCCCUGACAGACCUGAGCCACGCCCAUGAGGAACAGGAAGUGGAGUUCCUCAAGCUGCAGGUUGCUGAGCAACAAGGCAUCAUUGACGAGCUUGUGCAGGAACGUGACCGGUUGGUCAUGGCCAAAAAAAACAGAAGGAAACCUCUCAAACUGUCGAAAAGGCAUGUUGUGGAGACGUAUUUUGGAUUUGAUGAGGAGUCGAUCGACUCUGAGACCUCUUCUAUGACUUCUUAUAAUACUGACCUCACUGACCGCACGCCUGCAACCCCAGAGGAGGAUUUGGAAGACACUGUUACCCGUGAAGAGUCAGAGCUUCGCUUCCGUCAGUUGACCAGAGAGUACCAGGCUCUCCAGCGGGCCUACGCCCUCCUACAGGAGCAGACAGGGGGCUCUAUGGAUGCUGAGAGGGAGGCCAGGACACGUGAGCAGCUGCAGGUGGACCUAUGCAGCUGUCAGGCCAAGAUCAUGGACCUGGAGAAGGCCCUGGCAGAAAGGGGGCAGGAUUCAAAGUGGGUCGAGGAGAAGCAGUACUUGCUCAGGACCAACCAAGAUCUUCAUGAGAAGAUGUGUGCGUUGCAGCGGACAGAGACGCGUCUGCAGGCCGAGGUUCAGGAUGCCCGGGAUCAGAAUGAGCUGCUGGAGUUCAGGGUGCUUGAACUGGAAGAGAGGGAGCGUCGAUCUCCUGCCCUCAAUCUCCACAUGUCUGCAUUUCCUGAGAAUAGCAGCAGCGCCCUUCAGCUCUACUGCCACCAGGAGGGAGUCAAGGAUGUCAUCAUUCCUGAACUCAUGAAGAAACUGGAUAUCCUAGGGGAUAAUGGGAAUCUCAGAAAUGAGGAGCAGGUAGCAGUGAUCCAGGCAGGGACAGUGAUCUCACUGUGUGAGAAGUGGUUGAAGCAAAUAGAUAGCACAGAGGCUGCCCUGACACAGAAGAUGAUCGACGUGGAAAAUGACAAGGAGCUGUUCAGUAAGCAGAAGGGAUUCCUGGAGGAAGAGCUGGACUAUAGGAAGCAGGCCUUGGACCAGGCCUACAUGAGGAUCGAGGAGCUGGAGGCCACCCUGUAUAGCGCUCUGCAGCAGGAGCAGCCGGCAUGCCGGGAAGUGGCCGAGUCGCUGACAGACAGGCAGAGGGAGGAGCUGAGGCUAGCUGUGGAGAAGCUGCGGCGUCAGAUUCUCCGGCAGAGCCGGCAGUUUGACAGUCAGAUCUUACAGGAGCGCAUGGAGCUCCUACAGCAGGCCCAGCAGAGAAUAAGAGAGCUGGAGGACAGGAUCGACUUGCAAAGGAGACAAAUAAAGGAUAUAGAGGAAAAGCAUUUAUUCUUUGGCCUUAAUGACAGUGACUCUGGACCCACAUCAGGUGUUUCGGUGCUGUGGAGACAAGUGAGGACUAACAAAAACUUUGUUUUUUAUGCAUCUGUAGACAGCACGAAAACCCUAUGGCCUUUUUGAUAAGUGUGCACUUUU